AUGACGACACCGACUCCAGCACAGAGAUACACCCACGCAGACAUUGACCUCCAUGUCGCCUGCAGGGAGGGGUACCUGGCGGGGGUGAAGCAGAUCCUGGACACAGGUCGGGCUGACGUCUUUUGUAGAGGCGAUGUCGGGAUAACACCGGUGAUGGAGGCAGCAUGGCGGGGACACAGAGAUGUGGUGGAGCACCUAGUGAGUCACGGUGCUGAUGUGUCACUGGUGGACGUGUAUGGUGACUACAUCCUUCACUACGCCUGUCUGAGUGGAGACAGGAAGACAGUGGAGUUUGUCCUGUCUCUGGACGGGGUUGACAUCAACAGUAGAGGACGGUGGAGCAAGACACCGGUGAUGUUGGCAGCACGGUGGGGACACAGAGAUGUGGUGGAGCUCCUUGUGAGUCAAGGUGCUGAUGUGUCACUGGUGGACGAUGACGGUAACAACAUCCUUCACUACGCCUGUAUAGGAAGAGACAGGGGGACAGUGGAGUUUGUCCUGUCUCUGGACGGGGUUGACAUCAACAGUAGAGGACGGUGGAGCACGACACCGGUGAUGUUGGCAGCCUGGCGGGAACACAGAGAUGUGGUGGAGCUCCUUGUGAGUCAAGGUGCUGAUGUGUCACUGGUGGACGAUGACGGUAACAACAUCCUUCACUACGCCUGUCUGGGAGGAGACAAGAAGACAGUGGAGUCUGUCCUGUCUCUGGACGGGGUUGACAUCAACGCCAGGAACAACUACGGAGAGACAGCGGCCGACUGGGCAAGAGACAGGGGACAUCUGCAACUGGUGGAAUUCCUGGUGUCACGUGGUACUCAGUGAAGUGAAGGUAGUGUUGGUGUAGACAGUGAUGGAGGACAUGUCGUUACUGACACUGGCGUGGUGUGUGCCGUUCACGUCGUCGCGUUGUUU